AUGAAGUCCACUGCUUACAAGAACGACCUUACUCAGGUCAACGAUCUGGUGACAAAGUUACAGUUGCCAAUUCACUUCUUCGACUCCCAGGAGCCAGGAUUUGUCGGGCAGAGGAUUUUUGUCGUCACCCUCAAAGUGGGCACUCUCUGCGCUGUGGGGAAAGGCCACAACAAGAAAGAGGCCAGAGCCAGAGCAGCGUCCAUCGUCCUGGGACCUUUAAAACAAAUGUACCUGCCGCCUCUGCAGAGCAACCACCAGGCUACAGCAAAGAAGAGAAACACUCAGGAGCAAGUGCAGGACGUCAAAGAAGACAUCAAACCCUGUGGCCACCUGUCUGAGGUGGUGCAGGCCCAUGGGAUAAAGUACCCAGAGUACACCCUGCUGGAGGCCACUCGCGUCAAAGAAGAGGAAGAGAGGUCCCAGAUAGAUUUCCUUAUCGAGGCCUCUCCUGAAUCUCAGAGCCCCCAGCACCACCCUUGGCUGGACAUGAUCCCAACAAAGCCUGAGGUGGACAAAGAUGAGAGAGAUGCACUUGUAUCAUCUCCUGUUGAGGAUCGUCAGGACAUCUGCACAUCUCCUGAUGUUGAAGAAGAGUGGGAGGAAUAUCUUGACUCAGACACAGCCAGUGUACACGAGGCCAUGAACAAUGAGACUGGAUCAGGUUUAUGUGAGAACCAAGAGACCAGACCAGAGGCAGAAAUCUAUGAAGACACUGUUGUCUCAGAGAUUUCCAGUCAGCCAGAAGAGCUUCAAGAAGAACACGUUAUUGAGGCUGAUCUGGAACCUGAGAGCCAGUUCCACUCUUUGGUGGACACUACCUCAACAAAGCAUGAGGUGGACAAAGACGAGAGAGAGACUGGAGCAGAAGUUUUAUCUGCGAGCCCAGAAACCAGUCUCAUAGAGUCCAGGGAGACAGAUGAGACAAAGCCUGAGGUGGACAAAGAAGAGGAAGAGAGGUCUCAGACAGACUUCAUUAUCGACGCCUCUCCUGAAUCUCAGAGCCCCCAGCACCACCCUUGGCUGGACAUGAUCCCAACAAAGCCUGAGGUGGACAAAGACAAGAGAGAGACUGGAGCAGAAGUUGCAUCUGCGAGCCCAGAAACCAGCCUCAAAGAGUCCAGGGAGACAGAUGAGACAAAGCCUGAGGUGGACAAAGAGGAGAAAGCGUUGUCCCAUCUGACAUCAGAGAUGAAUACUCAUGGAAUAGAGAGUGUUCCAACAGAACGCAAUGAGAUUCAGGAAGAACUCCUAAUUGAGGCCUUUCCUGAACCUGCGUGUCCACAGAAGCACCAUUGGCGGGACAUUUCCUCACCAAAGCCUGAGGUGGACAAAGAGGAGGAAGAGGUUUCACAUCUGAACCUAGAAAUCAGCUCAGACAUGAACAUUCAUGAAACAGAGAGUGUUCAAACAGAGGUAGAUGAGAUUCAGGAAGAACUCAUUAUUGAGGUCUCCCCUGAACCUGAGUUUCCGCCGAACCAACCUUUGCUGGACAUUUCCUCACUAAAGCCUGAGGCGGACAAAGACAAGAGAGAGACUGGAGCAGAAUUUGUAUCUGCGAGCCCAGAAACCAGCCUCAUGGACUCCAGGGAGAAAGAUGAGACAAAGCCUGAGGUGGACAAAGAGGAGGUCUGUCCUCUGAGUGAAGAUGUGACUGCAUCAGCAUCUGUAGACAUCACAGAGGCUGGAGAUGUCCUCACAGAUCAGAGGAGGUCCUUAGAGAUGAUUGAAGCUGAUGUUGUCAGUCAAGAGGAUUUCCCCUGUCUUCCUCCAAUACUGGAGGGUCCAUCUGUGGCCAGCGUCCUUGUACGAGCUCUGGUUCAAAAGCUGGUUCAAAAGUCCUAUUUCAAACCUGAAGACCAGGGAGAGAAUAUCCGCCUGCUGCUGGAGAAGACUGAGGAGCACAUUCACCACCAGGAUGUUCCAAUCUCUCUUAAAAAUAUGAGAGCUAUUGGAAAAGCCGCAACCAAAGGCCUGUUGAGGGAGUGCAGGCUCCAGGGGGCGCCACUGAGAGCUGAGGAUGAGAUCUUCCAGAAGGCAAUGGUGAAACAUCUAAACCACUGUCUGAACAAGUUCCUGUUUGGACCACAGAGGAGGGGACUCUCUCGACUCUUCGCCGCUGUGGGCCGGUUCUUCUGUGGCUCAUAA